AAGGAAUGGGUGACGUUUCAGAUCGAGAACCUUGCUCUCUUGAAGACUUCCACUUGAGCAACAGGGGAGAGAAUGGUAGGAUUAGAUUAAGAAGCGGCCAGUGCAGUAUAAAUAGAAGCUUGAAUCUGUUGGGGGCCAAUGGCCAGUUUCUAUGCUGCAAAUACUUUGUAAUAUAUCCAACCAAUGUUAUAAACAGUCUCCAGUUCCCAUAAUACCACAGCUUCUUGCUGGAGUGAGAUUUUUUUUACAACGUCAGUGAGUUGAGCGUUUUGUCAUCCAAUCCUCACUAUCUCCUAGCUCCUCCAAGACCUGUGCACGGAAUUGGAGUUCUCUCCUGAAAGCACCUCUCGGCAAGUUUUACUAGCUAAGACUGGAUUGUCAAAAUGGCACCGAAGAAAAAAAGUACCAAAAAAAAUAAAAGUGAGAAGAAUGAAUUACCAAAAAUAAGCAUUGUUGAGGAAACAACUAUUGAUAUUGACCAACUAAACCACCUUAACACUCUCUUUGAUAGUGGAUCAAAUGGAUUUCGAUGUACAGCCACAGAAAUCUCCAAUCCCAACCAUGGCUCAUUCAUCUUGGAGGAAAUCAGCAGGAUGCGCCAGGAGAGACUCCUUUCUGAUCUCACACUAUCCACUAAAAACAAAUCCUAUUAUGUCCAUAAAGUGGUGAUGGCAGCUUGCAGUGAUUACUUUCGCAACAUGUUAAAGAAAGAUCCAUCUGUUCAAAGUGUAGAUGUCAAUGAUGUAUCAGCUUUAGGGUUGGCCACCGUCAUAACCUACGCCUACACAGGGACACUCAGUUUGUCUCUUUAUACCAUCGGAUGCACCAUUGCUACCGCCACUCAAUUCCAAAUGUAUACCUUGAUCAACAUGUGCACUGACUUCCUUGUUCAAGAAAUUAAUGUAGAAAACUGCAUGUAUAUCUCAAACAUUGCUGGAACAUAUGGACUUAACCAGGUUAAAGAGUCAGUGAGGAAAUUCAUCCGUGAAAAUUUCUUGGAGUUUUCAGAGAAUGAUCAAUUUAUGAAGCUGACUUAUGACCAAAUUAGUGACUUGUUAAUGGACGAUUGUCUUCAACUGCCCUCUGAGCUCACUGCUUUCCAAGUUGCAAUGAAGUGGUUGCAAUUCGACUCCAAGAGGGUGAAGCAGGCAGCUGAUUUGUUGAGUAAUAUCAGAUUUGGUACCAUUUCAGCUCAUGAUCUGGUCAGUCAUGUUCAACCUAUCCCAUGUAUGAUGAAAGAUCCAGAUUGCCAUCGACUCCUAGUUAAUGCCAUGAACUACCAUCUCCUGCCUCAUCAACAGAAUAGGAUGCAGUCUAGAAGAACAAAGCUGAGAGGAGGACAGAAGGCACUGGUAACCGUGGGUGGUCGACCAGCCUUGACUGAGAAGGCUUUGAGCAGAGAAAUCUUAUACCGAGACCCUGAAAAUGGAUGGAACAAACUUGCAGAAAUGCCAGCCAAAAGCUUCAAUCAAUGUGUUGUGGUAAUGGAUGGCUUCUUAUACAUGGCUGGUGGUGAAGAUCAAAAUGAUGCUCGAAACCAGGCUAAGCAUGCUGUCAGCAAUUUAAGCAGAUAUGACCCUCGUUUCAACAGUUGGUUUCACCUCUCCAGCAUGCUCCAGAUGCGAACUCACUUCAGCAUGUGCUCCUAUAACGGCCUUCUUUUUGCCUUGGGAGGUCGGAAUUUAGAAGGUCCCCUCGCAUCGGUGGAAUGCUACAUCCCUUCCACCAACCAGUGGCAGAUGAAGGCUCCGAUGGAUAUCGCCCGCUGCUGCCAUGCUUCUGCAUUGAAUGACGGCCAGAUCCUGGUAUCUGGUGGCUACAUCAACAAUGGCUAUUCUCGCACAGUUUGCACCUACGACCCUACAGCAGACGUGUGGAAAAACCGCAGCAGCCUGAGCACCCCCAGAGGCUGGCACUGUUCCGUUACCCUCAGUGAUUGCACCUAUGUGAUGGGUGGUAGUCAGCUUGGGCCACACGGUGAGCGAGUCGAUGUGUUAACGAUUGAACGCUACACUGCCUACAAUGGCCAGUGGAGCUACGUGGCGCCUCUGUCGAUUGGCGUGAGCACAGCCGGGGCAACGACCCUGAAUGACAGAAUCUAUCUAGUCGGAGGGUGGAACGAAAGUACAAAGAAGUACAAGAAUUGUAUCCAAGUCUACAAUCCCGAUCUGAAUGAAUGGAUCGAGGAAGAUGAGCUGCCAGAAGCCACCGUGGGCGUCUCUUGCUGCACCAUCAUGUUACCUAACAACAAACUUCGAGAUUCCAGAGCUAGUUCCGUUGCAUCUGCAGCAAUCAGUAUCUGAUGAGCGUCAUAUUUUUAAUGUGAAACCCCCCCCCUAAUACCACCCGUGUUCAAAAUCCACUCAAGAAUCCAAACCCUGGUGUCCCAUUCUUUGAAUAUUGAUUCUAUCUGAGAUCAGCCAGAAGCAGCGGGUGGAUCUGUCUUAUGACACACAAGGCUCAUCUGUACAAAUGUGUUUGACGAAUCUUUCUACCACUCCAAUUUCAGCCUUAACCUUAAUCUACAAAGUGAAUUGCAGAGAUCUUUUUAUUCUCAAUUCAAGAAAACUUUCGUCAAAUGUAUGUACUGUGAGUAGCCAACAAAUAUCCAUUGAACAAAAUGAAAUGGUUCAUUCUCCGCAGAGUCCUACAAGACACAGUUCCACAUGAACAGCUACUAUCAAAUGUAUUAUUUGAUUCUGUUAUGAAAUAUAAGUGAAGAAUGGAUCAAUUUUUACUUCUGGAAUUCGAACUCAGUAAAGUUGCAUCAAUAUUAACCAACCCGAGUCUGGAAGAGCCCACAAAAUGUAGAAUGCGUUUAAAACAUACGAUUAUGUCUCCAAUUUGGAAGUCAGAUAAAGAACAUCCAUGUCAAUUCUAUUCUCCCUUUUUAUCAUCUCUGAGAUAGCGAACGUUUGUACCCAGAAGGUAAGGUCUUAACUUCUAUUGAUUAGUGAUGGCCGUUCCUCUCCCAAAACCUUUAAAUGGUUUUGGUGAACAUUUAACAGUGUUUAGAUAACGCUCUGGUAACAGUCGAAACAACUGUGAAGGCGUAGAGGUUCCACUUCUGUUGAUCAUUUAAAUUUUUCAUACAAACGUCAAAGACUGCUAUGAAAGGUCAACAAUUUUAAAUUUAUUGUUCGGGCUUACAGAGUUGAUUUUAAAAGGGCAACAUUGAAACAUUAUAAUUACAUUACUGGUUGUGCGAAUGUCAAAAACUGUCGAGUUUGAUCAUCUUUGCAAUAAAAGUAAAGGCUGCGAAAAAGCAUUAAUAUUUGAAAUCAACCGAGUAACGUUAGUUUUCAAAACGUAGAAUUUAUAUAUUAAGAAGAGAAGGUAUGUUGUAAUUCCAGAGUUUAUGGGAGACAGGAUGCCCUAAAUCACUUCCUAAAGCAUGUUUUAAACUAUAAAGUGAGAAAAAAUUGAGAAAACAGAUGUUUGGAUCAAAUGGUUCAGAUGUUAUCUGCACCUUCAUUUUUAUACUUCCCUCUCCCAACUAAAUUGAAAUUAAUUUUCCUUCUCCUUUAAUUUUUUUUUAAAGUGUUAAAAUCGAUUUGAUUUCCUUGGUGGAAAUGAUAAUAAUCCAUUUCAAAAAGACAAGUCACAAAUCAAAGUACUGGAAAUACACAGCAGGUGGUGUGGCAGUGGAGAGAGAAAAAUAAAGGUAGUCUUUAAGGUCUUCUUCAGAAUUAGGAAAACAUUGGUUUACGUUAAGAAACGGGAGGAGCGGAUUGGAGAAAACAAAGUGGAUAUUUGUGAUAGGGUGGAGACAGGGUUGGUCUAUUGAUGCAAUGUUUUCCAAAGCCAUCAACAUUAAUAGAUAUGAAUGAGAGCUGUUAAGAGUGAGAGAGGAGAAAACAAACCUGGUGCUGCGAUUACAGAACAUUUGCUGGAAAUUAUGCCAAAGUUGGUGACUUUGCAUCAGAACCGGUCAGUUUUCAUAUAAACAGGAUAGGCAGGAUAUCUGAUAUUCUUGAAUUCACUGUUGAGCCCUGCCCAUUGUUAUAUGUCAAAAUAGAAGAGGAAUUCCAUUGUGCAAUCAUUCUCUGGGCUCCAUUGAAAUGGUACAGGAAGUCAAAGGCAGAAAGAUGAGAGUAAAAAUUAAAGUGACAGGUAACUUUGAACUUUAACCUCCUCCACUUUUUCCAAUGAAGCCCAAAAUAAGCUCAAGGAACAAAACCUAAUUUUCUUCCUAGCCAUAUUGCUUUCCUUGGAGCUCAACAUGGAGUUCAAUGUUUUAGAUAACCAGCGUUUCCUACUUGUAUCAGAACUGGGCAGUUCAGAUGCUGUCUGAUCUGCUGAAUACUUCCAGCAAUCUUUGGUUGUUCUGCAUCUCACAAUUCUAGCAUGCAUUUUAUUCUCUCUCCUCAACCUUCCUCAAUCAUCUAUUAACUUAAUGGCUUCAUUAUUUCAACUGUACAACCUUGCCUUCAACCUAUCACAGAUAUUCCCUUUUUCUCUCUAAAUCCCCCUACACCUUAACUUAAAACAAAUCAAUUUCUCACUUUUCCAGUUCUGACAAAGGGUUAUUAACCCAAAACAGUGAAUGAUUUCCCUCUCUUCUCAGGUGGUGACUGACCCGCUGAGUAUUUCCAGCAUUUUCUUUUUAUUUCAGAUUUCCAUUAUCUGCAAGGUUUGACUGUCAAGAUACAGGAUAAAUUAAGAAUUGGGAGAGAAAAAGUUACAUACCUGUAGUGUUAAUCCAGCCUUCCUGUAUCCACUGCUGCUUCUAAACCUGAUGGGUGUUUGCAGUAUUUUACUUGUAAUUAUGAAUUGAAAUAUAAAAAUAGGCAGGAUGGGAGAUCAAAACAGCCAUCUCACUAAAUCAACAUCAAGUAUAGAGAAUUGUGCCCACAUUGAACUGCUCUUUUUUUUUAAUUGAAUUCUGUAAAUAAUAAUGAGGAUUGAGCUGAAGAAUUAGUCCCAGGGUAGAAAUAAAAUGAAAUGUAGCCAUAGAGCAAAAUAGAAAGUUAACUGGCUGAUUCAGAUAGCACAAGAACAAAGGAAUCAGAAGGUGGAGUAAACUAACUGUACAUGUUUAACAUUACUGAUGCCACUAUUGCACCCAGAUAGGAUAAAGGACAACUCAUGAAUAAAAAUGAGGGACACAUGGUUCCUGAGGUUGAGCAAUAGUGAGUUCAAAACAUCAGAUCAAUUAUGUAGCAAAUUAAAUACUAUUCAUCAGGUUACAAAUUUAAGAUAAAGACUCUUAAAUUUGCUUUAGUGAAAUUACUGGCUCACAGCAAAAUAUAACACAAAAUGCAAAAUAAUUAAUAAAUAAUUUGGGCGGCACAGUGACACAGCAGUAGAGUUGCUGCCUUACAGCACCAGAGACUGAUCCUGACUGCGGGUGCUGUCUGUACGUUUUCUGUGACUGCGUGGGUUUUCUCCGGGUGCUCCGGUUUCCUCCCACAUUCCAAACACGUACAGAUUUGUAGCUUAAUUGGCUGCUGUGAGAAUUGUAAAUUGUCCCGAGUAUGUAGGAUAGUGUUAGUGUACGGGGUGAUCGUUAGUUGACGCGGUGGGGCUGAAGGGCCUAUUUCCGCACCAUAUCUCUAAACUAAAGAAAGAUUAAUUAUAGGAAGGGGGAAAAAAUGAUAGGACCUACCAUGUUCUGUUUGCAAUAAUCGAGAAGAGAUGUAAAUACCAACGGUGGCAAAGGCGUGAGCGUGGUCUAACCCCCUCCAUUAAAAUGCAGAAAA